CUCGGUGUCUUCGUGCUGAGGAUGCAGUUUUCCCAUCCAUUGGCGCAAUAUCCAGGCCCACUUCUGGCACGCUUCACAAACCUAUAUGCUGCCUACCACGCCUGGAGGGGCACUUUGCACACCGAUAUAUACCGCUGUCACCAGAAAUAUGGUAAGAUAUGGGCACCAGAGAGGCUGACAGCGGAUGGUGAGGAGAUCUUGGCAACAGAUGUUCAUUCUCGUGGGGAAAACUGUACGAAAUCCAAGGCUUACCGGGCCUUGGUCCAUGGAGCUGUCAACACUUUAACAGCGACGAGUCAUAAGGAGCACGGUUGGCGCGGACGUAUUUUGAGCCUGGCGUUUUCCGACGCUCAGGCCCAGUCGUAUCAGGAAAUUUUACUACGCAACAUCGAUCUGUUUUGCAACAACCUGCAAGAGUCCAUCGGGACGGGUCCAACAGACAUGGCCAAAGAAUGUGAUGCCCUCACGUUCGAUGUGACCUGCGAAGUCGUCUUUGGCACCCGAUGGAACGCCUUGGUCAAUCACAAAUACCGUUCCGUCACCAAAGCAAUCGAGGCUUCCAAUGUCCGCGUCAGCACGCGGGUUCAAUCGACCGCUCUGACAGUCGAGAGGCUGGACAAGUACCUGUUCCCGCGAGCCAUCGAGGGCCGAGGUGAGUUCCUCGGGUUCAUUGGCUCCGUGCUAAGCAUGCGUGAAAAGGGGCCCUCAACCAAUACAGGGAAUAUUUUUUCGUUUCUGGAGAAUGCAAAAGACCCCGAGAGUGGCAACGGACGGAUGUUGAGUCCUGUGCAGCUGAGGGCUGAAUGCGCGACUUUGAUUGCUGCUGGAUCCGACACCUCGUCCACCACACUGGCCGCGACGCUCUACUAUCUAGCCGCAAAUCCAGCCGCCUACCGCCGGGCCCAAGCUGAGACUCUACAGGCCUUCCCGGGAAUCUCGUCGGAGAUUGAGCUGCGUAUUCUUAAGCGCGCUUGCAUCGACGAGGCGCUGCGCAUGUCUCCGCCUGUAGGGGGCGCUCUCUGGCGGGAAGUGGGACCGGGUGGCAUAACGGUAGAUGGGCUGCACUUGAGGGAGGGGAUUGAUGUCGGGACGGGCAUCUACAGCCUACAUCACUCCGAGGUGUAUCACCGGCAGCCGUUCUCGUACCUACCCGAGCGCUGGCUCGGGGGCGGCGCGUGGACCAAAGUGGAGAUGGCGCAGGCUAGGGCUGCUUUCGUGCCAUUCUCCGUGGGACCCAGGGGAUGCGUCGGCAAGGGCUUGGCCUACCACGAGCUGAUGUUAGCGCUGGCCAAAGUCCUGCACCGGGUUGACUUUCGACACGCAGAUGAUCAUGAAGCGGCUGGCGAGUAUUUGCUCAGCGAUCACGUCACUGGCGCCAAGACAGGACCCUUCCUGGUUUUUUCGUCGUCCCGUGUUUAG